AUGUCUGUCCCGGGAGUGGGGGUGCUCCUUUCGUGGCUGAGCUGCUGCAGCUUGGCGCUGUGGAGGUAUUACAGUAACAGCCCAAAUUAUAACAUUUUUAGUACUAGAAGUACAAUUAAGUUAGAGUAUGAAGGAACAUCAUUUUCUGAGUGGAGUGUGCCAGAAACUUGUUCUAUGCAAGAUAAAAGAUCACCCACAACAGAAUUGCGUUGUUCUUCUCCUGGUAUUCAGGCUAUAAAACCAAUUGUUGCGGGCCCAGAUGAAGAAGAACGCUAUUUAUACGUGGACAGUUCUCAUACUUGCUUUAUGUGGCAUUAUAGAACUAUAUCUUUCUUUGAAAAUUUAACCCACGUUAUCAUUAUAUGGGUAUUCGAUCCAGAACAUGCAAAUCCUGACGAGUUGCUAGGGAAUGCAGAAGAACCUUCACGAAAUUCCAUAGUACUCUCCACGCAGUUGGCUACAUUGGGACAGAAGCCUACAAUAUUUACAAUUUUGAGGAGAAAAGUUUAUGUGCCAGAUGGGAACAUAAAUAAUGGGACCUGGCGUAUCACAGUCCCAAUGACAAGAGAUGAUGUGCUAAAGGAGAUUAAAGGAAAUCAAGUGACUUUUCAAGAUUGCUUUAUUGCAGAUGCUUUUUUCUUGCUGACUUCUUCUUUGUUAACCAUGCCUGAGAUUCCUGGUUUUUUACCAAUCUCAUCACAAACUGGUAGUCAGUUAAUAUCUUCCUGGAAUCCUUGUGUUCCUUCAUGUGCUGUUGUAGUAGCUGAUACGGAGACCUAUCAAACAAAUGAUUCAUUCCAUACUUGGACUAGAAUCAGAGUGCCUCCAAACGUUCUGAGUGAUGAUGAAAGACAGAGUGUGGCUCACGUGACCCUGUUGCAUGACGGAAUAUUUUUUAUAAUAAAUGGCAUUCUUUACCUAAAAAGUUUUCAUGCAUUUAAAAGACUAGGAAGAAAUGAAAAUAUUCCUGAUGGUGGAAUUAUGGGCAUUACAUCAAGAAAAUGGUGUUGGAUCAAGUAUUUACUCAAGAAUAAAGGAAGAAGAAGCAAUAUGGUGAUCUGGACAGAAAACGAAGUUUACCUUGGAUAUACUUCUCUUGAAUUUGUCAGAAUAGUAACUACGGCAGAACUGAAAAUACUUCUAAAUCUAUCACCAUCCGCUACUCUGACAGUACACAAUAUUGAGUAUACAGGACACCCUCUGGAACUUGCCGUGUUAUUAAAUUAUUGCAUUAUGUGUACUGUCACCAAAAAUAUUUUUAUAGUGAUAUAUAAUGAAGAUACAAAACAGUGGGUGUUCCAAGACUUUAUGUUAGAUGUCCCUAUCGACAGUUUCUUAGUUCCACAUUUUCUGUUUUCCGCAACACCGGAAUUGGUAAUGCAUGACAAGCACAGGAUCUACUAUUGUUACCAUAAUUUCACUGUUACUGGGGUUUUACAAACACCUACAGAAAAUGGAAAUCUAUCAAUGUUAUCAAAUGACAGUAUUAUUCAUGAAGUUUUUGUAGAUUAUUAUGGAAAUAUUGUGGUGAAAAUGGAAAAUAAUAUAAUAUUUUAUUUCAAGAUGAGUAUUACAGAUGCAAUAAAGCUGCAUGUAUGGGUAAACAGCACAAUAAGAACCACCUUUCUCUUAAGAACAUCUGGUCAUAUAUAUCUCCUGCAUGCUUUCGACAAUGGCACGAUACAAGCACAGGAAUAUCCCUUAAAGCUGGAAGCACAAAGUAUAGCGUUCAAGACAAAAGACAAAUGCCCAUACACUGCAUUUAAUAAUAAUGUUGCUCGCAUUUUUUACUUUUUGGACAAGAGAGAUAUCCUGAAUAUGUGGACUCAAUUAGUUUAUCCAGAAAAUGUUGGUCUGUACACGAUUGUGGAACUCUAUGGCCCAAAAAUAUUGAAAAUACAACAGUAUACUCACUAUGAAAUUGCCUUUGGACACUGCACUAAAACUCUGACACUAACAUUUUCUCAGAAUAUAAAUUAUGAGGGAGUAGAUAAUUACUUCCAGUUGCAAGACCAGAAUACAGGUCUCCUGCUUAUUCAACUUCGACCUAGUGCAUAUUCAAAAACGUGUGCAAGAGCCCACAAGGUGUUCCAAAUGGCUGUUGGAUGUGAUAUUUAUAAAUACAUUACAGUUAAAGGAUUUAGUAAAAAAGGAUGUCUUUACCACGAUUUUACUUACGUGAUUGAAAAGUCAUAUCUGAGGCACCGACCAUCUCAAAACUUGAAAGUAAGGUAUGAUUGGGAAGAAUACGGCUGCCCAUUAAGACUUGAGUUCACAGAAAAGUUUCAACCUGUGAUUCAAUUAUUCAAUGAUAACGGAUUUAUUCAAGAUGUUGAAGCAAAUUUCAUAGUGUGGGAAAUACAUGGCAGGGAUGACUAUAGCUUUAAUACUACUAUGAAGCAGAAUGGUUGUUUGAGUGAAGCACAGACAUGGAAGUCAAUGAUUGAGCUUAACAAGCACCUCCCAUUAGAAGAAGUCUGGGGACCUCAGAACUAUAGACAUUGUUUUUCUUAUGCUGUUGGAAAACCAGGAGACUUAACACAACCAUAUGAGAUUAUCAACAGUUCUAAUAAUAACCAUAUAUUUUGGCCCCUCGGCCAUUCUGGAAUGUACGUGUUUCGUGUGAAGAUCCUAGAUCCAAACUAUAGUUUCUGUAACCUAACAGCUGUAUUUGCAAUAGAGACCUUUGGAGCGAUUCCCAGUCCGGGUGCCUACCUGGUAGCUGCUUUCCUAUUUAUCCUGAUGCUACUGUUCUUCACUCUUCUUGUUUUGAGCUACUUCCGGUAUAUGAAUAUUUAUAGACGACAUAUUUAUGAACCACUUCACAAACCUCCAAAACCAAAGAAAAGUUAG